UGACGUCAUCAGUGUUUCGUGCAGGCGGACAAUGCGCUGAAGUGAAGCAGCAGCUGUGUGUACAACACGUACAGUAGAGCAGGGCCUGUCAGCCUGCCAGAGCUGCUGUGGGUCACGAUGGCAAGGAUGUAAAGCGCCUUUUUCUACAUGUUAUCGACAUGCCGAGGGAAUCUUGAAAAAUGGAGGGAGGAAAUUUCGGUUACUCCCGAGACUAUCUUGACCGCUUCAUCCAAAGCCAGGACUCAUCUGUGGUGAACAAGUUCCAGCAGAAGUACUGGAAAACCAAACAGACGCUCAUCAAGGUCACCGGGAAGAAAGAGGACGAACAUGUGGUGGCGUCGGACGCAGAUCUGGAUGCCAAGCUGGAGGUCUUCCACUCCAUCCAGAGAACCUGCAUGGAGCUGCUAAAGGUCAUCGAGCAGUACCAGAGGAGGAUCUGCCUUCUUUCCCAGGAGGAGAAUGAGCUCGGUCGCUUUCUGCGCUCCCAGGGCUCACAGGAUAAAACCAGGGCUGGAAAGAUCAUGCAAGCUACAGGGAAAGCGCUCUGCUUCUCCUCCCAGCAGCGAUUGGCUCUGAGGAACCCUCUGUGCCGUUUGUACCAGGAGGUGGAAACAUUUCGUUACCGAGCCAUCUCCGACACUUGGCUGACGGUGAACAGAAUGGAGCAAUCCAGGACUGAAUACCGAGGAGCACUGCUUUGGAUGAAGGACAUAUCUCAGGAGCUCGAUCCAGACACGCAUAAGCAGAUGGAGAAAUUCCGCAAGGUUCAGGCCCAGGUGCGCACAACCAAAACAAGCUUUGACAAACUGAAGAAUGACGUGUGCCAGAAAGUCGACCUGCUGGGUGCGAGUCGCUGCAACCUCCUCUCCCAUGUCUUAACCACAUACCAGACAACACUUUUGCACUUCUGGGAGAAGACAUCCCACACUAUGGCGGCCAUUCAUGAGAGCUUCAAAGGCAGUCAGCAUUACGAGUUCUCAACAAUUAAGACCUUACAAGACCCCACGGACAAGCCAGCUAAAAAGAAGGGGAAGAAGAAACCCAAAGCAGAGUCAGAAGAUGGAAAGAAGGCUGAAACCACAGACGACCAGCUCAUCUCACUUCAAAUAAAUGAAAAUGAAAACACCAGCGACAAGACCAGAGAAGAUCUUCUCUCUGCUGAUCCAGAGGUGGAAGGAGAGGAGAAGGACAGCAUGGCCUUACUCAACGAGAUCCUCGGCGGUUUGUCCGUGGAUGACGGAGACUUUUCUCGCGAGUGGACGGAAGUGUUUGGAGAGACCGAGGAGGGAACAAGUGCGGCAUCCGGUAGACCAGCAGAGAGCCAGCAAAAAGAAAACUCCUUCUUUCUGCCGUCGCAGCUGUUGGACCAGAGCUUGAAUAAUCUGCAGUCUUCCGUCUCAGAUUGGGCUGGGAUCAUUCCACAGCCCGUCACCCAGGCAACAGAGCACUCAUCUGGAGCCAAUCAGAAUCCUUCUAAGCCAGCAGUGAAAGAUGCAACAGGGACUUCCAAAGAUCUCUCAGCUUGGUUCAACCUCUUUGCCGACUUGGACCCCCUCUCCAAUCCAGAUGCGGUCGGCAAAAGCGACACCGAGCACGAACUUCACAACGCAUAGUUUGCCCCGAGCAUCAUGUGAUCUCUUUUAAAACGGAAACAUUUGGAAGGGAUACAGCUGCAUAUUUCUGCCACCGGGAUGAGAAAGAAAAUCUGAUUUGACCCACAAUCAACAGGCCUCAUGCAAAAAUAACUUGUACAAGCAGAUUCAAAGAUGUCUGAUACAGAAGUGGCAUAAAAAGAGGACUGUCAGGUUCUUCAAAUUUCUUCUUGGUACAAACUAAAUUUACAACUGGUAGGUAGGUAGGCAGAUUGUCUAACUCCCUCCACGACCAGAAAACAGCACACACUUGCUUGUCUUAAUUACAAUUCUUAAUCCUCUGAACCCCAAAUCACAGAUCCAGAAAGCAAGCAGAAAACAAAAUCCCCACAUUGUCAACUUUGCAGCAGUCCUUGCAGAACUAAUCAUGUGUGAAAUGUAUUUUUUCCAGAAAAAAUAAUCAAAUCCAGUUUAAAAUUGUGCUCAUUCACAUCACUUUUUUUUGCAAGUCUCAUUUAACAAUUGGAUAAAAAACUCAAAACAUUCUGCAUUCCUUGGAACUGCGGAGAAGCCAUUUGUGACUCAGCUGUAGCAGGCAGGUGACAAAAACUCGGGAGACUUUUGAGCUGAACUGCAGGCAGUGUUUACGUGGAGCUGGUAGGAAGCAAACAAAAAAAUUAAGCAGUGAAACAGCUACAGUAUGUAGAGGCAACAGAGGCUUUAUACAGCUGUGGUCACCGGGAAAAAUAUUGCAUAUGUUGAUUCCAGUUUUUUUCAGAUAAACAAUCAAAGGGAUAUAACUGUAUUUUUUUUUUUUUUUUUUAAAAACAAGGAACUUCUUGGGGUACAGAGGGUUAAUAUAAACCAAUCUGGAAUUCAAACAUGAUUAUUUAACUUAUCAUGGCUUUCAAUGACUUAAGUUUUUUUGUAGAUUGCACGAUUUUAUUGGCAUAUUUUGAUACAGCAGCUCAGGAGUUGGAGAAAACUGUCCCUCUGAAAGCUGCCUCAAGGCGUCCAGUUUCAUUCUCCAUUGCAGCACUCCAGCAUUUAUCUAUCAGUGACCUUCACCCCUCUUAAUUGACUCUUACGUCUCUCACAACACGUGCUACUCUGAUGAAACAUCAUCUGCAGCUGUAAUAGCAAUAUAUAUAAUAAAUAAUAAUAUUCUUCUUUGAACAAUAAAAAAAAGGGGAUCUUGGUGUUACAUGACAACAAUGUGUCUAAAACUAUAAAUCAGAAAAUAUCUCAUGGUGGCAGUGUUAUGCUGCUGUAAAUGUCCCACUAACAACUGUCAGACUUCUUGUGAACGAAGAGAAACAUUCACAAGAUGACCGUAUUAAGCCUGUUGGUUAUUUCACUGGGUUAAACAUUCAAUGUUUAGCAUGGAUACCUCAGUACGAGUUUGGAACAACAAGCCUUUGACGUUCGCUGCCUUGGAAAUCUGUACUCUCUCGUAGCAUUCAUGCUUUAUUUUCCGAUUCUCAUUACUGAAGAUUGCAAACAGGGAAAACUACUUUACAACGGAAAGAAAGCAAACAUGACAAGGAUCUCAGUGCAGCCGCUCGUGUGUUUACAAAGGAGUGCAACAAGUUGACUGGAGGAAUUUUAAUGCAGUCAAAGAUGAUUAUUCAGAAAUAAACUGAGGCAUGUUUCCCUUUCAUUCAUCUAUUCAACACUCCAAACUGAAUUACACCACAUCUGAAAGGGUGAACUUUAUCCAUCAGGAAGUUGCUUUCCUUCAUCAGCAAAGAAGUUUCCUUUAAAAAAAAAAAAAAAAAAAAAAAAAAAAAAGGCUUCAUUGCUUUCAAAUUCAUUUGCUACAUGCAAUAUUUGUGAUCCUCUUUUAAAUAUAUUGCAGAAGUGUGUGGAUUUGUCUUCAAUUAAAACACAAAUCUGUCAUCUAUUACUGCAUGUUGCAUGCCUUGUUUUAUGUCAUCCAGUAAACGUGACUGAAUGGACGAGGUUUUACAUUGAGAUUUUUUUUUUUAAACAUUCUUUGACGUUUGUAUUUAUUUCAGUUAUUGGCCUUUGUGAGGGAAACAUGCAGUUCCAGAGUAUUAUUCUCCCAGAACUAUGAAAAUACAAUCUCUUACUGGUAUCGACUCUAAUGCUGCAUAAAUUGAAUAUCUAUCAGAGUAAAUGCCUUAAUCUAAUCACAUCAAGAAUAUUGAACCCCAUGAGAAAUAUCUGACUCCUUUACAGUAUAUUAGAAAAGAGUGUAAAUUUAUUUUGGUGUAGCUUCUCAUUGUGUCAUUUUUGAUGUUCAAGCCAUGUGGCAUUUGUUAAUGUCUGGUUAUAACCAAAUGCAUCAACUGCCUUACCUUGAAUCUUAUUUGUAUAUAAAUGCCAUGCUAAUUAUUACUGAUCAUUAGUCACUGUCUUUGUGUAUGGCCUUAAAAAAAGAGAUUACAUACCAACCAAAAAAGACAUUUUCUGUUUUCUUUAUUGAAAAACACACAAGAUCUACAUAAAAACGUGUAAUACACAGGAGAACUGAAUCAUCAUUGCCAAACAUGGCAACCAUCUCUUAACUGCACGGCACAAUAAGCUUGUGAAUAUAAUCAGAAUUAGUAUGAUUGAAACUCCUGGAGCUGCAAGCAGAACAGAACAUUUCAACUUAAUUUGUGUGGUAUGUGCAGCAAAUGUUGUUCAUAUUUGUGUUUCUUUGUGCAAGUGGUUAACGAGACGAAAGGUUUGGAAUGAAGCAUUUACUAGUUAUAUCCUCAUCACAGUUUAACUGGCAUAAAUCAGUCAUGCUUUCGUUUUGUUUCUGCUUUAAUAUGUUCUGAAAACUGAACUUGUGCAAGUAACAAUAGGCCACAUGUGGUUGAAACUGUAUAUCAAGCCAAACUGUGUAACACAAUGUUUUAGUGUAGCUUUACUUCAAACAAUAAUUAAUUGCACUCUUUUUUCUGAUUGCUUUAACUUACAAAUUGGUCUAAAAUAAAAUUA